CAAGCUCACAAAACAUUGAAUGGUUUUUAUUUGAUUUUCAAACUGUGUAUUCAAAGCUAAUGGAGCAAACGAUAAAGCUGCUUCAUUUGGGCCGAUUGGACUUGUUUCUACAAUUCUUCGCAUGUUUAUCCUUAGUUGGGUCUCAAGUACCAGCUUGGUGACAUCAGCAGUCCACGCAUGGCAGCGAACGAAACAUAUAUUCUGCAACAAUUCUGAUUUGUCUCAGUUUCUCUUACACAGACGAAAGCCAACAAAAUGGUUGCAACAGCUUCUCCUAUGACGAUGAUUUAUGGCCGGCGGGCGACGCCGUGCGGGACGGACCCGAGCCCAAGCAAGGGAGUUGCUGACUCUACGGCAGAGAAGUAAUCUAAUCCAAGCGCCCGCUUCGUCUCCCGAACUCUACCGCGGACCUGUCGUAAAUUUCGACAAUUUUCGCAGAAAUAUCGAAAGAUCUAUAAUGGAAGAUCAUCAGAAAUACCAAGGUGGGCUCACAGCCCGAGACUUGUAUAUCAAAAGUAACCCAGGUCUUCUGGGGGAUGCCGAUUACACGAAUCCCAGACAAUGGUACAAUUCUAACUCAAAACAGAAAUUGAUUUCAUCGUUUUUGAAUAACUAUAAAAGAACAGGGAUUCAUCGUGUAGAUAAUCCGUCCAACCUAGGCGCUGUAUAUGUGACGUUGCCUACGUUAGCGAGAAAGCAGAGGCGGGGGUCAAAAGCCACCGUUUAUGUGUCAGAGUCACUCUCAAAACACGCAGGUCUUCCAAAACUGCAGAUGGCCCACAGUGAUCACAGCAGAGGUGGACAUAACGGGACAAUGAAUAGAAAUAUAGAAGGGCUAGAUGAAAGGCAAGAGCCUUCGGCCUUUUUGACUUCCCUGCCGCCCAUACACAAAAGUAACAUGGUGAGACCACGCGCUGCACCAGAGACAAUCGAUAAGGAACCAAGAACUAUUUUACCUGAGAUUCCACGUAUCGAGGUUGAAAGUGACCCUAAUAACCGUGUUUAUCGGGACUCCGUGGAGAAUGAGAAUAGGCACAUCGACCAGAAGCAAAAUAUACACUCGAAUCUUCAUAAACACGCUCAUAGUCAAGCUCAUUUAUCAAAGGCUCAAUUUCAUAUCAGGGGUGAUGAUAAAAACAGUGCGAUGCAUGGCAGCAAUGCUUCUUUAAGCAUGGCGCAUGAAAGACCUGCCCUUCCUAACAUCAAACCGACGCAAGAGCUGGCGGAAAAGUAUCAAAGUCUGAGGGAACAGAAAAGUCUUGAGAAGACAUUUGAAAUCGACCGCGAUGAGUACAGGCUCAGACAGAAAUCAAAUCUAAAUCUAAAAAUGAAGAAAUAUCAAAUGAACGAACAGCAGACUAGAGCUCAUAGAGAUAUUCAUAAAAACGCUAGUCCGCUGGACUUAUCAAAUGUAAAAUCGAAAGUAUCAUCAAUAGUCCAAUCGACCGCGUCAACCCCGAGAAGACUGUCACGCUCAGAUUUUGAAGAAAAAAAUCGCCACGAAACAGAAACCAAGGAAAAAACUGACUUAACAAUAGCAGCUCAUCGAUGUUCACCAAGCAAUAAAUACGACGUAAAAGGAGAUAACCAAAACAGCAGUGGCAGCAAAUCGAACCGCAGCGAAAAAGAAGAAAAUCACCACUAUGUGUAUCACAGUAAAACUUCAGCUGAUGGUUUCACUAAGAAUAAAGGGCACAGGGAGAACACGAAGGCUAAAGUUGUUGUGUUAGCUUUGGAAAGGGAUAAUGCCGCUGCAAAGGGCGUCAAUAGCACGGCAGACAUAACUAUUCCAUACAAGCUAAAGUUUGACAACUCAAAUGCUGAGAAUACCAAAAAUAUUCAAAACGAUGAACGGGCAGACAGCAUGACCAACACUGCUCAAGAAUCGGCCUCGCCGACGAAGCGGUUUGUUCAGUUCAGCAAUAAUACGCCUUCUGCCGGUGCUCCGUCGCCUACAAAAAGUAUCAAGAAACCCAAAUCUGUUCUGAGAAAAUUCACAAAACUUGAAGUGUUCUCCGACGGCAAAAGAACUGUAGUUGAUGACUCAGAGCGAUUUUCUGAGGUAACAGAAGAGACCCAUCGAAUGGGCACGGCGGCGUCUCGAGUGCCUAUUGGAACACCAUUAUAUAGACUUGAUACGAGAAACGUGGCAUAUAGAAGCAUAGCCAGCCAGAGACAAGAGGAAGUGAUGGAGGAAGAAGGGGGACCCCGGGAACUUCAUUUGUCAAAGGGUACAAAUAACGGACAACAUUUUGCUAUGUUUGAGGGACCCUACGACGGGACUCCCCGAGUGUCUAACGAAACAAAUCACAACAUCACCAAAGCUAACUCCGUAGAGUUCACUGACACUGAUAGUAACGCACAAAGCAAACAGAGCAAAGAAGCGGAUGACACAGUUGCAAUCCAAGGACAAUCACAGGUCUUCUCAGAAAAUGGACAGCAGUUGUCCGGGAACUACGAAAACAUGGAUUUGAAUGACAGUCUCAAUAGCGUAGACGAAAAUUACACUGCUCAAUUUAAUGUUAAGGUGCAAUUUACAACCAACCAAACUGACAUGGCUCCAGUAGACUCGAUGCAAUUAUCAAACCAAGAAGAUAUGGAGCUUAAAGAAAAUAUUGAAAAAGAAGACGAAACUGAUAUUGCUCAAACAGAUGCGAAUAUCACGGGGAACGGUGAACAGAAUGAUAGCCCUGUUGAUGUUACAAAUGAACACAUUUGAAUGUGAAUUGAUGGCAUCCACAGCGUCCGAAUGGGAUUCUAGGACAUGUUUUGAAAUAUACAAAAAGUUAUAAUCUGUGAUUUACCAGUGCACAAUUUAUUUCACUUUUGAUACCGAUAUUUCAUGCAGUAGUUAGUUUUUCACUGCUAUUAAUAUUUAUAUGUUGAGUAAGAUAAAUUACCAUGUUACGUUUUCUGUCCAAGACAAAGAUAUUUUAGAAGAGAAAUACCAUUGCGAAAAAUAUAUUAAUAUAAUAAAGGACUUGCCGAAAAAUUCUGUAAAUCUUGACCUACAGCUGCUCUC